GCUCCCUGGGAGUUUACUAUCAGUAUUGUACAUGUAAUAUUUUAUCACUGUUAUCAAGUUCUAGUUUUCUAAAUCCAUCGGAGAAAUAAACUUGCGUUCCUUUCCUGAACAUGUUUUGCAUCAUCGCAAAUACUUUGUGUGCCAUUUUGGGGUCAAUUUGGAGAUAUUUUGUCCCUAACUCCAAAAAAUCAGUGAGUGGCGAAAUAGUUUUGAUAACGGGCGCUGCCCAAGGUAUAGGAAGAGAGAUGGCACUUCUGUACGCAUCUGAAGGCGCUACCGUGGUCUGCGUGGACAUACAAGAAGAAUCCAACAGAAAAACUACCAGAAUGAUAUCCGAUCUGGGAUACGGAAAAGCACACGCUUAUACGUGCGACGUAAGUGAUUACGCAAAAGUGAUGGAUAUGUGUCAAGAUGUCGAAAGGACAGUAGGAAAUGUUACCAUUUUAGUUAACAACGCAGGUAUUGCUUUUGUCAACCGACUUUGUGCGAUGUCCAAAGAAGAAAUUGAACGAAAUAUCUGCGUUAACACCUUGUCUCACUUUUGGAUGAUAAAAGCUAUAUUGCCGUCAAUGUUAAAAAACAAUUAUGGUCACAUAGUCGCUCUGGGAUCGAUAAGCAGUUUUGGGGGCGUUCCACUUCUUAUUCCGUAUAGCGUCUCAAAGUAUGCAAUUCAAGGGUUAAUGGAUAGUUUACGAAAAGAGCUUGCUUUGUACGGAAAUUGUCAAAUCAAAACUACUUUGGUACAUCCCUUCUUUAUUGAUACGGAGAUGGUGAACAGAGCCAAUGUUAACUAUCCUUCUUUUUUGCCGAAGGCUAACAAAAAGUAUGCCGCCACGAGUAUAGUGAACGCCCAAAGAAGUGAAAUGGUGGAGGUUACUAUUCCUGGUUACUACUUAGCGUUGAAGUGUUUAUUUAGAUCAAUUCCUCCAAAGUUAUGUGCCUUAUUCUACAAAUAUUUUAAAAUCGAGAUACAAAAAGACUCUUCUUCAUAGUAGGUAGCAUAGAAUAACCAAUAAAUACUUAUUCAAUGAUAGUACAUAUUAACCAUACAUAAAAUGCAAGACUGAAACCUGUACUUUGUUUAAACUUAACUACUACCUAUACCUUAAGCUGCAGUAAAACUUUUUUUUCUAUAA